AUGGCCACCCGAGAACAGAUCAACACCCAAGAGCGAAAGCCAAGUGUAUCCGAGAAAGAAGCCAACGAUAGCAGUAGCUCCGUCUCCUAUCUUCCCACAGCCUAUUCUUUCUCGCCGCUGAGUGACAGAGGUUCGGCGGCAAGAGCCCAGGAACCAGCUAGCAAUUCACGACUUGAUCUCCACCAAACAGUGUCAAAUAACGAAAGCCCGUUUCGGCAGAGCCGGCUGCAGUCUAUUUUAUCAAUUGAUUCCUUCUCCGCCGAAGACUCUUUCGUGAUCGGCGACCGAGAUUCCCAGCCGCGUUCCGGUUCUGCAGCAUCCGUGUACAGAGAAUCCGAGAAAGGGGAGGAAGGAUGGGACGCAAUAAAGUCCGAUAUUGGAGGGUUCAUCAGGCGAAGAGAAGAAGAAAGUAACGGACAAGGAGCUUUCAGGCGGGACACGGAAUUGCUACUGGCGUCACGAUGUCUCCGUGCAGAGGGCAUCGCCAGCGACGAAUGGGAUAUAUCCACAGAUGAUUGGCACGAUAGCUUUCGGGCAGCAGAUAAUGAUGCAAUGGACGAUGCUUGUGACGAAUGGGACAAAUCUACCGAUGAGUCGGAAGACGUCGUUCUCGCCGGUCCCACGCAGGAGUCAGAACAAAGACGUGUGAUUGCAUAUACAAAGGCCUUCAAGCGGCAGAACAGCAGGGAUCGGAAGCUCAUGAAAGAUCUAGCCGUCGUCAGACACAUACCCUUUGAUGGUAGAAUUCAGUUUGCAUUCGACCUUCCCUGGUUACGUUUGUACGAACGAUAUAGGCUGUAUGCUUCGGCGGAAACCGAGCCCAGCGGUGAUCAGGUUGAAGGCUCUGUCUGCUCGAGGAUCCGGUCACUUCGCGAGUUUGACUCGCAGUUGCGGAAGCACGGUGGAUUUUACAUUGUGGACGACCUUCCAAGAGAGACAAUCACGUACGAAUUGCCUCGGAAGAUAUACUCCUACAACAAAAAGAGCUCGGAAGAAGCAAAUUCCCAGCGUCGGAGUCUGGAAUCCUCCACUUGGGAUGGGCCCGUGGCACCCUGGAGGAGGGCAAUCGUAUGCCAGGGACUCUCUACGGUGUCGUUGGUGAAGAACGCCUUUCGCGAUGGUCAUCUUGCCGCUUUGCCUUAUCUUGCGACUAUGAACAGAGACCACUAUAUUCUGCAGGGAGACAAGGAGGGUGAUAGUGAUGAUCUUAUAAAGACCGUCAAGCUUCAUCUGUCCUGCGAACGAAGAGUCGGGGGAGACUGGAAAAAUCCCUACAGAGAUGGUGCUAACGGGUUCCACGUCACGUUCUACGAAAAGGUUGCGAAUGACUUGUUUGGCCAGGACAAUUGGAAAACUGGUCGUUUGUAUGUUAAAGACGGCGCUGAUGAGAAGAAAGCAUUACCUGCUUUCAGAAGAAGUGCAUUCACCAUGUACUCAAUAGGCGAUAGAGUGCAGUCCGCAGCAGACGGAAACACAGAAAAGACGGCCUACUGGACAACUUUGCUGCUUUGCCCUACAGGGUUCUUGGAAAUGGGAAGAAAUGCGAAUUGGACGAAGAUACUCAGUUAUGACGAGCUGCAGAACGCCGAAUUGGCUUUCAUAGCUUCUGCACUACGCGAGAUUGCAGCUCGAUGGGCAGACUUAGAAGACUACAUGGCCGGAUUACUGAGUGAAGACUUCAUGGACCCAGAGGAGUACGUCAAACUCCUCUUCGACAAUGACACGUUCUCCCGCUCAAAGUUAUACUUCUGGAUGAUUGGCUGCCUGAACGACUUUAUCAUCAGCAUCGAAGAUAACAUUACACAGUGGCAGCUCCUCCGGAAGGCCCGCAUGAUGAAGGAAACAAGUGCGCAAUUCGAUACGCUCGUCAACGAGGUCGAUUCAACCGCGGAAGUAAUCAAGGAUAUUCAACAGCGCAUGAAAGACAGACUGGACACGGUCCAGGCACUACGAGACGGCCUAUUCAACGCCAGCGCUUUGAUGGAAAGCAGAAUCUCUACCAGGCUCGGCGAGAAUGUCAAGCUUCUCACGUAUGUUAGCAUUUUUUACCUCCCGCUCGGAUUCUGCGCCGCCCUUUGGGCCGUCCCCAAUAUAAUGGAGAGCACAACAAGAACGCCAUUUAUCAUUACUUCUGUUGCAGUUGCUGCCGUUACUUAUCUCAUUGUCUUCAAUAUCGGAAACCUAGCGGGAAUUCUGUGGGGAUUCUACCGUCGUCAAAGAGCCAAUCUAGUGACGAAUAUGAAAGACGACCGGGAAGCUGCUUGGCAAAGGCGUGGCCAUAGACUUGACCAAGUUCUUCUCAACGGCGGCUCUUAUGCACCCUCGGAGUGGUUGGUGCUCCGAUACCAGCUACGACAGAUUCGUGCACUCUUUCAACGAAAGAGAGCCCAUCAGAGCCGGAGCGCAGCAUGA